UAAAACACAUUCCCGUAAGUUCCCGUGUUCCCGUAAAUUAGUUUGCAGUUUUUCCCGUCUUUUCCGUAUUUCCGUAUUCCCGUAAAUUAGAUUGCAAUUCCCGUCGUUCCCGUAUUUCCGUAUUCCCGUAAAUUAGUAUUACCCGACGGUUAUCAAGUUUAGAAGACAAAUCCUCGCAUGUGAAAGCAACGACAGACCAAUUACUGCUGAUACUAUACGAUUGAUAUACGCCUAUGGAACAACGGAUCCAACAGGAGAUGAUAUAGUAGUUGCAAAUUAUCAUGGUGCUAAUAGAGGUGCAAAGAGUAUUUUACUCCUUGAAACAAUUGGUAUCCUCAACUUCCAAUACCCUGCUGGUGAAAUUCGUUCAAGCUUUGAAUUCUUAAACAAUCGAACAGAAAUCCCAUCCUGAGAUACUUAUUACAAUUGUAAAUUGAUGAAGUUUCCAACAUUCUCAUCAAAACAACACAUAGUUGAGAUAGCUCCUGUGGUUGAAGCUGGAAAUGAACAAAAUGUUCAUCACAUUCUACUCUAUCAAUGCAUUGGAGAUAUAACUGACCUUGGAUCUGUUGGCACAAGUGCAGAAUGUAACACAGCAAAUAUGCCACCAGAUUUCUCUAAAUGUCAGUCUGUAAUACAUGCGUGGGCAAUUGGGGGUGGGGUAUUAUUGAUUCAUCUGGUUUGCGUAUAUACCACACAUCGCAAGUCCGUCAAUAUGAUGCGGGGGUUCUGGAUGUUGGACAUUUGGUUUCACCGGUUGCUCAACUUAUUCCACCAAAUGCGGACUCUUAUCUUCAGUAUGGUGAAUGUACUUCGGACUGUUUAACAGAGGUCAUGCAAAGAGCUGGUACAAGUGAGAUAAAACUUUUCUCUGUUAUGUUGCACACUCACUUACUUGGUAAAAAGAUUGAACUAAAACACAUCAGGAAUGGAACUGAACUUCCAUAUCUCUCAAGAGAAAACAAUUACGACUUUAAUUAUCAAGAAACAAGACAACUUUCAACUGAAGUUAUAAUUAAACCUGAAGAUACACUUCAACUUGUGUGUGAUUAUAAAUCUUCUGGUGUGCGAAGCAACUUCACUUUUGGUGGGUUUGGAACAAAAGAAGAAAUGUGUCUCGCAUUCUUGUCCUACUAUCCCAAGAUUCAAGUCUCAAGCUGCCUUACUUUUCCAGCAAUUCAUCCUCUUAUAACUUACUUUGGCAUCGAAACUUACAGGUCUCCGGGUCUGAGAUUUCAGGGUUAUACUUUAAAUGAUUACAUAAUCACAUCUGCAGAGCUGAACGGCACAAGUGUUCAGACCUACAUAAACAGUUUGCCCUGGGAUCAAGCAAGAGCUGAAAACAUGAGUGAAGCUCUACGUGUUAUUAGAAGACAUCAAAUUUGUUUGUACAAUGGAUCAUUCGCGGUCGGAGUCCCAUUUAGUCGUCCUGCAGUAGAAAUUAAACAACGAUACAUUGAACCCAUACAAAACUGCACCACCCCAGUAACUGGAAUGGCAACCAGCGCACCUGCGUCAACAUGUGUCGUCGCAACCACACCAUCAAUUAAUAAUCCAGACCUUACAACAUCAGGAGCAUCUCAUAUCUUCUUCAAUUCAUUUCUUAUCACACUGAUGUUAAUCACUACUGUACUAGCCUAAAACAAAAAAGUCAUAUAUAUCUAUAAUAACAACCUUAAUUAAAUCUGUAUUAACAAAUUUAAUUAUUAACUUCUGAUGUGGUAUAUAUUAAUAAAAUUUCUAAUAUUAACAUU